AUGGGGAGGAAGGGGGACGUCCCCGCGUCCCCCGGGGGCAGCCAACGUCCCCAGGGGGCAGCCAACGUCCCCAGGGGGCAGCCAACGCCCCCAGGAGGACAGCCAACGUCCCCCGGGGGGCAGCCAACAGGGGGCAGCCAACGUCCCCAGGGGGCAGCCAACGUCCCCAGGGGGCAGCCAACUUCCCCCGGGGGCAACCGACGUCCCCAGGGGGCAGCCGACGUCCCCCAGGGAGCAGCCAACGUCCCCCGGGGGGCAGCCAACGUCCCCAGGGGGCAGCCGACGUCCCCCGGGGGCAACCGACGUCCCCAGGGGGGCAGCCAGCCAACGUCCCCAGGGGGGCAGCCAGCCAACGUCCCCUGGGGGAACCAACGUCCCCCGGGGGGCAGCCAACAUCCCCAGGGGGCAGCCAACGUCCCCCGGGGGCAGCCGACGUCCCCAGGGGGCAGCCGACGUCCCCAGGGGGCAGCCGACGUCCCCCCGGGGGCAGCCAACGUCCCCCUUGGGCCACGGACGUCCCCAAGUCCCCGACGUUACUGGGACUUGGUGUCCCCGACGGCGGGGGAGGCGUCCAAAGUCCCCCUUGGGGCCACGGACGUCCCUAAGUCCCCGACGUUACUGAGACUUCUUGUCCCCGAUGGCGGGGAUGGCGUCGGUCUCGCCCGUGUUGGUCUUCUUGGGGACAUAUUUGGCGGGGGCCUUGCCCGUGUUGCCCGGCCUGCGGGGGGGGAUGGGGAUUAG